AUGGACCAUCUCCUCCUCUCUUUCCUCUCUCUUUCCGAUUCCUCCCCUCCUGUUUCCCUCGACCUUUCCUUCGACCGCCUCCUCGAUUCCACUCCUUCCGACGCCGAUCAGGCUCUUCUCAUCGAUCGCGCUCACAGUAUUGGUUCCCUCCUCCUCCGUGCCGCUAAUCGCUCCACUCGUAAACGUGCUUCUCUUCAUAACUCCAUCGCCUGGGCCCUCUCUCCUGAUCUGACCAUCAAGAUUCGCAGUCUUUGCUACGCCGCGGCAACGUGUUGGAUGUUUAACAAGUGUGCUAUGGAUCCAUUGUGCUACGAAAAUAUUGACCUUACCACUGUCGUUCCCAAGGUUAAUAAUGUUGUUGUCUCCACCAUGAUCCAACGAGCUGGGAAAUCGUUCCGAUCGCUUAAGCUUGGAAUAGUACCAGGCCCAACUUCCUCUCCGGGUUCCUGUCAACCAUUGGUUUAUACCAUCCAGAAUUCUGUAGAUGUAUCUAGCUUUUCAUGGAAUGAAAAAAAGACCAGGCAAGGGAAAGAAUCAUCUAUUCUUACAAGGACCUGCUUAUACCCAUUAAGUGGGGACAAUGGCACCGCUGGGGCUCUUUUGUGGAGGUUGCAUCUUUACAAUAUUGAAAGAAUGGACAAUACAUCACUUUGUGUGGCAUUAGCUGCCUGCCCUUCUUUACUUGAUUUGGAAAUUGUCGGCCUUCAUGUCGAGUUGAGGCAAACUUUGAUGUCAGUGAGCUCCAAUUGGCACUUGAUAGAGCGUUUAUUCUUUGAGUCUUCCAAAAUAUGGAGGGAUGAUAGCUUGAAGUCGCAAACUUGUGUGGAUGUCGUGAACAAUUGUCCUAAUCUUUCUUCUUUAUCGCUGAGAGGUUUUAAACUGCAUGAUUAUAAAGUCCGUAUUCUUGUUAAGGGAUUCCGUAAACUUAAAUAUGCCGAUUUUUCGACAUCUUACUCGAUCACUGGAACAUUUUUGAGGAAUUUGGGAAGUGGAAGUGGUGGGAAUCUACUAGAGGUUUUAAUUUUAAGGGACUGAAUGCAUCUCAAAGAGGUGAGGUCUGAAUCCAACCCCCAAUCUAUUCCCCUCUAGCAAAACUUCCCCUCUGUAUCUGUCUCUCUUUCUCCAGUCUGACUUCUGGUGCAGGUGGAAGUUUCUAGGUUCUUGACCGCAAUUAUUGCAGGAGAUUUUAAAUUCCUUCAAUAUCUUGUGAGUGAAAUUGACAA